AAUCGGGAGCGUAUCGCCUCUGUUGAAGCUCGGGUCCUAUCAUCAUCCUCACCCACGCUCAGGGCACGACUUUCUCAGUACCAACCCCCCGCGCCAACAACGACCACAAUACGCAAACAUGAAGGUCCACACUCUCGGUCUCGUCUGCAUCAUCGGCAGCGCCCUUGCCGUCCCCGUUCUCAAUGGACAGACGCAGCACUCCCAACAGGUCCACGCUCAGCAGGCUGAGCAGGAACCUCCGGCCCCCAUCGUUUCGGACGUGCCCGUUACUUGCCCUUUCGAGGAGGAGGACGGCGAUGAGGAAAUGGACCCUGAGAAGGAAAUGGACCCUGAGAGGGUGAUGAUGGUGGCGGGCCAUGGCCAGAUGCGCCGCGCUUUGAACAUCCUGUCUGCUCAUGUCGACACGAAUGCUUUCCAGGACGUGGUGAACCAGGUUCAGGAGCAGGUCCAGCAGAUUGAACAACUCAUCCACGAGAAGGGCUCCGACAGCGAUGCCCUCAUGCAGGCGCUUGUCGACCCCAUGUCCCGCCUCAACCAGACGCUUGCCGUCGGUGUCAGCCGCCUCGCGCUGCCCAUCCCCGACCUCGGCGGCAUCGUCGGUGGCGUUGGCGGCUCCGCCUCCCAGCCGGCGCCUCCUCUGCUUGUGCUGGUCGAGCUGCUCCGGGCCGUCUCCAACCUGCUCGAGAACCUGCUCAGCGGUAACCCAAUCGCCGACCUCCUCGGCGACGUGCUUGGCGGCAUUGGCGGCGCCGUCGGUGACGUUCUCGGCGACGACUAUGCGGCCCAGAUCGAGGCCCUCAUCGACUCCAUCCUCGGCUCCAUUGCGUCCCUCCUGCCGGGUGCUGGCGGUGCCGUGCCUACUCCCGUCCCCUUGAUCCCAGUUCCGCUUCCUUCAGUUCCAGUCCCUUCAGUUCCGGUCCCUUCAAUUCCGGUUCCCGAAGUCCCCUUCCCCGAAGUUUCAGUCCCCUCGGUUCCGGUCCCCGAGCACUCAGUUCCCCCGGUUCCGGAACCCACAGUUCCCGUUCCCGUUCCCGUUCCCGAAAUCCCCGCCCCCGUCCCCGACAUCUCAGCUCCCGGAGUCCCCGUUCCGUCAGUUCCUCCCGUGCCUACCGACAUCUUUGCCUAGGCGAUUCAGGGUUGAAAUUGGUUUGGUAGACACUGGCAAUGGUCUGGGGGGAAGGAGGCAUAUGAAGCUAGAAAUGUAAUCUGGAGGGCGGUGUGGUGGGGAUUCUGUUGCUGGAAGUUGAGAUUGGAAGUAGAAAACUUGAAAAAUGCUGUUGGGAAUAUCCAGACGCUUUUAUUUAGUUGCAAAUGAUUACCCAGGUGUUAAGGGCCCCAACUCAGACCGCCAUCCAUC